AUGGUCGCCAAGGAAAGGGUGUGCUACUACUAUGACGAAGAAGUUGGUAGAAACUACUACGGGCCGAACCACCCCAUGAAGCCUCAUCGCUUGUGCAUGACGCACAAUUUGAUUUUGGCCUAUGAUUUGCAUAAACACCUGCAAGUUUUCAGGCCACGAGCCUGCACGAACACAGAAUUCACUCAGUUUCAUAGCGAAGAUUACGUCGAUUUCUUGUCAAAAAUAACUCCUGACAAGCAGCAACAAUACGUUUUAGAAAUGCAAAGAUUCAACCUUGGCGAAGACUGCCCCAUUUUCGAUCACAUGCUUGACUUUUGUCGACGGUACACAGGUGGGUCCAUUGACGGAGUCCGGCGAUUGAAUCAGGGGGUAUCAGACAUUGCCAUAAACUGGUCUGGAGGUUUACACCAUGCAAAGAAGGCAGAAGCUUCGGGAUUUUGCUACAUCAACGACCUCGUGUUAGCGAUACUAGAACUCCUGAAGCAACAUGCACGGGUCGUGUACAUAGAUAUAGAUAUUCAUCACGGUGACGGAGUGGAAGAAGCAUUUUACAUGACUGAUCGAGUGAUGACCGUCAGUUUUCAUAAAUAUGGCGAUAUGUUCUUCCCGGGCACAGGUGGUUUGAGGGACAUCGGCAUAAACUCGGGAAAAUACUACAGUGUCAAUGUGCCCUUGAAUGAUGGCAUAGAUGACAAAAGCUUUGUGGAUCUAUUCAAAUUUGUCAUGCAAGACGUGAUGGAUUCAUUCCAACCAGGCGCCAUCGUCCUCCAAUGCGGCGCUGAUUCACUAGCUGGCGAUCGAAUCGGUUGCUUUAACCUUUCACUGAAAGGUCACGCAGAAUGUGUUUCCUUCAUGAAAAGUUUUGCGAAGCCGAUACUUGUUACAGGUGGCGGAGGCUAUACGAAAUCCAAUGUAGCCAGAUGCUGGGCGAAUGAGACAGCAACUCUCCUAGGUAAACAACUGGUAGAACAUAUUCCACCGCACGAGAACUAUUACGAGUAUUACGCCGAUGCAGGAUACAAGUUGAAGGCACACGCGCCGGUGUGGAUAGAAAAUUUGAACACACCUUCAUACUUGAAUCAGGUGAAAGAAAAAGUUCGGCAAAACUUGAAAUCCCUCACGUUCGCACCGAGUGUUGAAUUCAGCGAAGCACCUCCCGCCGUCCUCGUACCGGAGUUGGACGAGAGUGAUCUGAACCCAGACGAAAGAUAUGGCGGGAGUUUGGGUCAAGACAGCGUCGUCAUAAGUAAGGAAGAGUUCUACGAAAACGACUAA